GAAGACGCGAUGCCACAGUAGAAUCGCCCGUCUUUUCUCCUAUUUAAUGGCCAUCCAUCCGCUUCGUUCCUCUCUUGCACGUAUCCGACACUCUCUCACGUUGCGUUACGCUUCACAUCAACGAAUUCCCCGAGAAAACGAAGCGGAUCGAGCAAAUGGGUUUGAAGGAGGAUUUCGAGGAACAUGCUGAGAAAGCUAAGACCUUGCCGGAGAGUACAACCAAUGAGAACAAGCUCAUCCUCUAUGGGCUCUUCAAGCAAGCCACAGUUGGACCAGUGAACACCAGUCGCCCUGGAAUGUUCAACAUGAGGGAUCGGGCGAAGUGGGAUGCAUGGAAGGCUGUUGAAGGGAAAUCAAAGGAUGAAGCAAUGAGUGAUUACAUCACAAAGGUGAAGCAGCUGUUGGAAGAAGCUGCUGCCUAUGCUUGAUGUCUGUGACUCCAUCUUCCCUCUAAGGGCUUCAUUGUUGCUGUGUUUGAAACUCGUACUCUAAGAAUUAAGAACACUAUGUGAUCACUCUCUUUGGUACUUUUCAAAAUUUCUUGUGUCCGAGCCAGUUUCAUUA